AUGGUAAAAUUUCUGUUGCUCGAGUUGGCCUUUGGGUUGGCUCAUGCUCAGAUGUAUGGGCCAUGGAAAACUAUUGCUAUCGCUGCUGAUAAUGUAGACAAAAUGGAGAUAAGUGGAGAGCUGAGGCUCUAUUUUCAUCAAAUUACUUGUGAAAAGGAAUGCAAGAAAAUGAAUGUCACGUUUUAUGUCGAUGAAAAUGGACAAUGUUCAUUGACCACAAUCACUGGGUAUUUGCAAGAUGAUGGCAAGACCUACAGAUCCCAGUUUCAAGGGGAUAAUCAUUAUGCAACUGUGAGGACGACACCAGAGAACAUAGUAUUUUAUAGUGAGAAUGUGGACAGAGCUGGCCGGAAAACAAAAUUGGUAUAUGUUGUUGGUAAGAAUGGCAGUGGAUCUCUGAAAUAG